UGUCUCACACUGUCUUAUAGACAGUCUCACACACUGUCUCACAGACUGUCCAUUGUUAUACAAUGAAGAGAGGAUUGGGAAAGCCGCUGCAUAUCGUGCUCUUUGUAAAGUUUAUUUGCCGCUUUAGAAACUUAUGGAUGGUCAAUGUUUAAUGGAUUCAAUUGUAAUUCAGCUAAAUUUCUGAUUAUGAAUAAUACCAAUAUACCGACCCGCUAAUACACAUCCUCACACACGCAUAUUCAAACUGUUAGUUCUACAUGCUCAUCCGCACAUGUACAUAUGUAUGAUACCAAAGUGCACACCGUACAUAUAUCCUCAGAAGUAUUAGUUUGUUUCAAUAAGAUACUCUUUUGGGCUUGUUUUUAUCUACUUAUUCAGGAAGAGUUGAGAAACCGUUAAUUGUUUCGCCAGCAAGAUCUCAUUGGAUGAUGCAUUCCAUGAAGCCCACUGCCAGCAGGCACAUUUAAAGAAAUAGAACCUGAUUGAUUGGAGUGAUGAGGUACUUAAAAUCAGCUUUUACAUUUUACUAACACUUACGCAUUUAUCUUGUCUGCCAACAUUUGACCUGUCUAGCCUUGCGGUGGUAGAUUUGGCCAUAAAUCAUCAAUUCAACUCAUUUUAGUUUCUAUUUUGCCAAUCCUAGCCCCAGGGGGCUUUACAGUCUGUAUAAGCAAAGGACAAAUGAAGAAGUAGGAGGGAUGACAAUAGCUGUCUUUGACGAGUUUGCUGUUGCAAUCAGACUCUUGUUCCCCCCAAAGAAGAAGAAGAAGCAGCAUAAAGAUCUGUCCACUUGCUACACUCUGUCAAAUAUUUAGAACCUUGAAGAGACCGAGAUGGCUUUGAGCGCUUCAUCUAAGAGGGAAAAACUCUACAGAGUGGUUGGUGUAAGCGUUGGACUACUUUGUAUGCUACAGGCUGCAGCAAACAUUGGAUUACGUCUUUCUCUUUAUUAUUCCACUGUGAGUAAGCCAGAUUUGGAGGCGAUUAUCAAGAAUUUGACUGAAAAGGGAGAAGAUUUAAAAGGGAAGCUGAAUAACUUUGAUUGUUCCACUGUGAGUAAGUCAGAUUUGGAGGCGAUUAUCAAGAAUUUGACUGAAAAGGGAGAAGAUUUAAAAGGGAAGCUGAGUAACUUUGAUCACUACCGCAAACAGGGAUGGGUGUAUUUUUACCACAGUUUCUAUUACAUUUCUUCUUCUGAAGAGUCCUGGCAAGUCAGCAGACAGUUCUGUCUGCAAAGAGGUGCCGACCUGCUGAUCAUCAACAGCAAAGAAGAGCAGGACUUUGCAAGACAAUUCCAAAAACGCACCUGGAUUGGACUGACGGACGGAGAGACAGAAGGGACAUGGAAAUGGGUCGAUGGGACUGAACUAAAAGAAAGGUACUGGGUAACUGGGGAGCCCAACAGCUAUGAAGGUAACAAUGAGGACUGUGGAGAAAUUAGAUUCUAUGCAAAACAAUAUAACUGGAAUGAUGAGCAAUGUAGUCUCAAAAACUUCUGGAUCUGUGAAAAGGCUUUGGCUCUCUAACUUUGCAUCCAAUGGGGUGAUGGUGGCACAUCGAGUAGUGCGGUGCGCUGGGAGCCACAAGGUCGUACCAUGUAAAAAUGUAAUGCAUGGGUUUUAAUGCAAUAAAAGUCGCAUUGGAUAAAAACGUCAGAUAAAGAUAAAUUUAAUGUAUCCAAACCCACCAGUUUCAUAGAAAUCAUUCACACAAACAUGUCACUGUAAUAAUGAGUAGUGGCUGAAUUCCCUUUGGUUGCUUCACAUUUAUAGAUUCCAUUUGCAGUAUAUGAAAUACUCAGUAAUGUACAUGUAGUACUAUAAAACAUCUGCUCUAUAUAUUACAUUAGGUCUCAUUUUAUUUCCCACGCAAAUAUUAUUAGUGCUACACAAAAAACCCUUUAUGUUUAGUUAAUUGUUUAAGGUCUUCUAAGGAUGUAACCUAUCCCAGUAUGAAAAAAAAAGUAUGUGCGUCGCCAACUCUGACCACGUUUAAAACAAGACUGAAAACUUUUAUGUUCACCUUCGCCUUCUGCUAAAUUUGAUCUACAUUGCCCUUUUAACCUUUAAUUAAACAAUUUUAAUACGAUUUUAAUCUCUCACUCUGCACUGUAACUUUUAAUUCUUUUUGUAUUUACAAUUUUAUUUGCUGUUUCUUAAUUGUCUUUUAAUGCUUGCAUUUUAUUUCACUUUAUUGUAUGACAUGUUAUGAUGUGAAGCACUUUGAGUCUGCCUCGUGUAUUAAAAGCGCUAUACAAAUAAACUUGCCUUGC